GUUUUCGAGUAACAAAUUGAAGAACCAUAAUGAAAAAUCAAAACCGAUUGGCUUACCAUUUUAAUAUAUUGAAAUACACGUCCAACUCACGUAUCGGAUGUUGUUUAAUAGUCUACAACCGAAUCAGAUCUAAAUAAAUCAAAAAUUGAUUUAUGUUUAUGAUCGAAUCAGAAAAUUCUAAUGAUAUCAAAAACUACUAAUCGAACGUGUCAUAUCAACCUUUUAAAGAGAGCCGAUAAAUAGUAUAUAAAUUAGCCCAUAAGAGAGGUUUUUAUUAGACCAUUAAAAGCAUGCACGAAAAGUCGAAAACCCUUUUGUUGUGAACCGGAGUUAAUGCGUUUGUAGUUGAGACUUGAGAUUAGUCCACCAGCACCGUUUAUAUAGACGCGCGAUUCUCCGCUUCCUAUGCCCAUCUCUAUUUCACAAUUCCUUCUUUCUCUCUGACUUCGGUUGCCGGCCGGGGUUUUUAUAUCGCCGCCUUACGCACACACAAAUCUCCGAUCAUCUCUCAAUCUCAGUCAAUAAGAAAUGGCUUUUGAGAAGAUCAAGGUUGCAAACCCCAUCGUGGAGAUGGACGGAGAUGAAAUGACCCGUGUCUUUUGGGAAUCAAUCAAGAAUAAGCUCAUCUUUCCCUUCCUAGAUUUGGACAUAAAGUACUAUGACCUUGGCCUUCUCAACCGUGAUGCCACAGAUGAUAAAGUCACUGUAGAAAGUGCUGAAGCUACUCUUAAGUACAAUGUUGCAAUCAAGUGUGCCACCAUUACUCCAGAUGAGGCUCGUAUGCAGGAGUUCACUUUGAAGAGCAUGUGGAAGAGUCCAAAUGGAACCAUAAGGAACAUUUUGAAUGGAACUGUUUUUAGGGAACCAAUUCUUUGCAAAAACAUCCCUAGGUUGAUUCCAGGGUGGACAAAACCAAUAUGCAUUGGAAGACAUGCUUUUGGUGAUCAGUAUAAAGCUACUGAUGCAGUGAUUAAAGGACCUGGGAAAUUGAAAAUGGUGUUUGUUCCUGAAGGACAAGGUGAAGCUAUAGAUUUGGAGGUUUAUAACUUCACUGGUGCUGGAGGGGUAGCUUUGUCAAUGUACAACACUGAUGAGUCCAUUACUUCUUUUGCUGAAGCCUCAAUGAACACUGCCUACCUUAAAAAGUGGCCACUUUAUCUAAGCACAAAGAACACCAUUCUAAAGAAAUAUGAUGGAAGGUUCAAGGACAUAUUCCAAGCAGUUUAUGAAAGCAACUGGAAAUCAAAGUUUGAGGCUGCAGGGAUAUGGUAUGAACAUCGUCUUAUUGAUGACAUGGUUGCUUAUGCUCUUAAGAGUGAUGGAGGGUAUGUUUGGGCAUGCAAAAACUAUGAUGGAGAUGUCCAAAGUGAUAUGUUAGCUCAAGGUUUUGGAUCGCUUGGACUAAUGACUUCAGUCCUGGUGUGUCCUGAUGGGAAGACCAUUGAAUCUGAAGCAGCCCAUGGCACUGUGACACGUCAUUACAGGGUGCACCAGAAGGGUGGUGAAACCAGCACAAAUAGCAUUGCCUCAAUUUUCGCUUGGACCCGAGGUCUCGCCCACAGGGCAAAGUUGGAUGACAACUCUAAGCUUUUGGAUUUCACCGAAAAGUUAGAAGCAGCGUGUAUUGGAUGCGUUGAAUCUGGCAAGAUGACUAAGGAUCUUGCUCUCAUUAUCCAUGGAUCCAAGCUGAGUAGGGAGCACUAUUUGAACACUGAAGAAUUCAUUGAUGCUGUGGCACUCGAACUCAAAACUAGACUUUCUGCCUAAUAAUCACUAUGAAUGCCUUGACAAUUGAGACUACUGCAUGGUGGUAACAAGAGAAGAUUGAUAAUUCUGUUAUGAGGGUUGGAUGGGGAGUUUGUGAUGUGUAUUUGGUUGGAUUAUAUUUGAACAUCUUUAUUUUUAAUUUUUGUUCUACGAAAUAUUUGGUAGGGGUUAUCUGCUAAGUUAAUUUCAGAUUUUAUUUGUUUUGAUUCAUGGUUGAUUUUCUAGAAAUGACUCGCAUAAAAUGAUUUUAAGUUUUAAAGGCCAAAUUCUAAUGGGCUAACCCAUUUAAGGAUGGGCCAACUUACUACCGUCUGUAUAAAUCCAUUUAGUUGCUAAAAAAAUAUUUUUUAAAACGUUCAGAAUAUUAAGAGCAUUCAGAUCGGUGAAAAAAAAUAGUGUUUUUGGCAUUGAAGCACAACAAUGUUUGAUGGAUUUAUAUAUUUGGUUACUCAAGUCCUUAAAGUUGAGUUUUACCUGUUAAAUAGAGGAUAAACCCCCAAACUAACGGGUUUCUACGCUACUUGGAAUGAAGUCUCGUGCAUUCAUCGGAAAGUUGCAGUGCACAAACUAAGUCAAAUGGUUUCUUGUUUGACCAUACUUUCAUGGAAGAUACCUGAUCAAUAAAUAGAAUGCAACAAUCAACAAACCUACCAUUUGGCCAGAACUAAUAGAUGUUGAUUUUGGGUGAGAGGAUAGCUAAGUCGGUGGACGCAUACAAAGGCCUCAACUUAAUACGAGGGAAGUGUAUCUUCUUUCGUUGAGAUCGACAAUUAAAUUUCAAUAAAGAAAGAUGCAAAUUCAGUAAACCGAGUAUCAUGAAAAGCAUCGUUGUGAGUUCCACCCUUCUAUUAGAUCCAAAUAGGGUAACGACGAACACUGGUUGAUGGAAUGUCAACCAUUUUAAGGAAAUCUCAUCCCUUCAAGACAUCUUCCGCUUGUGAUUCCUGGAAACGUGAAAAUGGAGAGAUCGAAGUUGUUGAAUAUGCUCCGACAACUACAAGAUCAGGGUGGUAUGCAAUAUGCAGAUGUGAGGUUGGAACGGGUAGAAAGUGCC